AUGGAUAAUCAGUCUAAUGAAAGAAGUUUCAUUCUGUCAGGAUUUAAUGAGACGAUGAAUUUCACAGUACCCCUCUUCUCAGUUACUUUACUGUAUUACUGUGUGAUUUUGUUCUUCAAUAUUUCUCUUGUGCUGCUCAUUGUCUUGGAUGAAAGCCUCCAUGAACCUAUGUACAUUUUCCUGAGUAGCCUUUGCAUUAAUGCACUUUAUGGAACCACAGGUUUCUACCCAAAAUUCCUUUCAGAUUUACUGUCGUCUUCUCACAGAAUCUCAUAUGAAGGGUGCCUUUUACAAGCUUUUAUCAUGUACUCAUUUGGCUGUUGUGAUUUGUCCCUUUUAGCUGUCAUGGCCUUUGACAGGUAUCUGGCUAUAUGUCGCCCUCUGCACUACCACUCUUUCAUGACUAAGAGGAGGCUUUCACAGUUGGUGUGUUUCUCCUGGCUGACACCUUUCUGUAUU